AUGCCCACCCGCCGCAUCGCCCAAAUCGUCCACCUCAAGCCGUCCGCCAUCGCCGCAUACAAAGAAUGUCACGCGAACGUAUGGCCCGAAGUUCUGCAACAGAUCAAGGAGUGUAAUAUUUGCGAUUACUCUAUAUUCUUCGAUAAUGAGCGGACGUUGUUCGCAACAUUCAAGUAUGUUGGAGAGGACUUUGAGGGGGAUAUGCAGCGCAUGAAGGCGAAUCCGAAGGUCAGGGAGUGGUGGGCUUUGACGGAUGGGAUGCAGGAGAGUCCAGUGCCUGGGGCUGUUGGAAGUGCUGAAGGUCCUGGGUGGUGGAAGGUAUUGGACGAGGUGUUCUAUACUGAAUAA